AUGAAUAGCAAUGAUAGGACGUUUGGGUUGGCUGAUAACUUGAAGGAAAUCAUCUUAAACAUUUCUAAUUAUCUCGGUAACUCUUUGGAUAUGCUUCAGAAGCUUCUGGCGAAGAAACAUUCUUCAAAAGCUUAUGAUGUUGACGUUGAGUUCCCGAGUUGGGUCUCAAACAAUGACAAGAGACUCAUUCACGGUUUGGUGUUAGGGACCAAUUUCAAUCUCACGGUGGCAAAAGAUGGUACAGGAAACUUUACGACCAUUAGUUCCGCCGUCUCAGCGGCUCCUAACUCGAGCGAAACCAGAUUUAUGAUUUAUAUAAAAGGUGGAGAAUAUUAUGAGAAUGUGGAAAUACCGAAGAAGAAGACAAUGAUAAUGUUCGUCGGAGACGGUAUUGGAAAAACCAUCAUCAAAUCAAACCUGAGUCGUCUUGAUGGAUGGACAACAUAUCGAUCUGCUACCGUUGGUGUGAAUGGUAAUGGUUUUAUAGCUAAGGACAUAUCAUUUGUGAAUUUUGCCGGACCGAGUUGCCAAGACACUCUUUAUGUCCAUAAAGCUACACAAUUCUAUCGAGAAUGCGAUAUAUUCGGUACCGUCGAUUUUAUAUGCGGUAAUGCGGCUGUUGUAUCCCAGAAUUGUAGUCUUUAUGCUCGCAAACCAAAUCUGAACCAAAAAAUCGCAUUCACCGCUCAAAGUCACAAUGAAUCGAAACAACAAACUGGUAUUUCUAUGAUUAAUUGUCGAAUCUUGGCCGCGCCUGAUUUGAUCCCUGUGAAAGCAAAUUUUAAGGCGUAUUUGGGUCGACCAUGGAAAUUAUUUUCUAGGACGGUUUUGAUAAAAUCGUUUAUCGACGAUUUGAUUGAUCCUGCCGGAUGGUUAGAGUGGGAAAAUGAGGUUGCACCAGAAACGUUAUAUUAUGGAGAAUAUAUGAAUGAAGGACCCGAUGCGAACAUGACAGACCGAGUCAAAUGGCCCGGAUAUAGACGCAUUGAAAACGCAUCGGAGGCAGCAAAGUUCACCGUUGUUCCGUUCAUAGAAGGUAACACAUGGCUUAAUUCUACCAACAUCCCAUUUAAUCUCGGUUUCUAA